CCUCGAGAAUAUUGACGAAAUGAAGUCUUAUGAUUGGUGUGGCGCAGCAAAACAACAUCUUACAAGAUCAAUAGCACGCAACAUCAACCAAAUUGAUAGAGUGUGCGGAUGUGUGAUCAUCUUAUUGUAUUGGAUAUGUGAGCAUACAAAGAUCAUCAAACCAAAUGACAAGAACGCAAUCCCAAGAUUUGAAAAAUGGAACAUCACACAUCUGGGAGAACAAUUGGCAAAGUCAUCCUUGCAUGAUCUGAAACAUAUUGAGUAUUGGAUAUGCGAACACACAAGCACCAUCAAACCCAAUGCCAAAAAUGCAAUCCCAAGAUUUACUAAAUGGAACAUCACACGUUUGGGACAGCAAUUGGAAAGUUCAUCCUUGCAAGAUCUAAAAGAUAUUGUUGUAUGCAAUGCUAACCUUUGUUUUGUUUAAACAAAUGAUAAAUUUUCUUAUGCAGUGAUAAAUUUUUGUUCACACUGAUAAAUUUAUUUAAUUUUCCUAAUUGAGUGACAAAUUUCCCUUAGUAUACCUAAUUGAGUAAUAAAUUCUUUUACGCAGUGAAUGUUUUUCUAUUUGUCUAAUGUGCAUGAGUUUUGUUUCAUAUUUACUUUAUUUGUGUCACUUUAUAUUCGACUAGAAUUCAUUAGGUUUCUGUAUUGAUAA